AAAAAAAAAAAAGACUGUAGGGAAGUAAAGGUGAGCGGAUCAAUGCCGGAAGUUUCCUCCAGUCUUGAAGCUGCAGUGUAAGGAUGGACUUCUUGUUCUUAGCAUCUAACUAGAACUUCAGACGUGAGACUAGAGCACCAUGUCGGAGUCUCCGGAGCCCAGAUACGAAAUUGAGGAGUGGUUGCUAGCCCUCCGCUUAUCGCAGUACAUCUCCAUUUUCCAAGAGUCUGGAUAUCAGGUUGUGGAAGACUGCAGAGGACUCACAGAUGAGCGACUUAUUGAAAUUCAAGUUCUCCCAACCGGCCACCGGAAACGCAUCCUUCGAAGUUUGGAGGCACUAGGAUUACAGAACGAGGAUGGAAAGACAGUAAAAAGCGAGCAGGAAAUUCAGGAGAGUGUUGGAGAUGAAAGGAAGCCACGGCUCUACCCAAGACAUGUUUUCUUAAAGGAUAGAGGAAAGGCAGAGUCCUGCCAGCACAACCAACCAAAGGAGAAUAUGGAGUAUAAUAUGGAAGCUCAAGAUACCAUUCCAGACCGCCAAAAUGUUGUUCCACCUGUACCUGCUCCACGUAACCUCCCACUUACACAGUCAUCUCUAUACUCAAGUACCUGUGUUUCCAUCUCCAAGCUUUCAAGUAGCAGUAGUGAAUCUCUUCUCAACUCUGAAAUACCCUCUGAUUGGGAGGUCCCUUUAGGAGAGCAAUGUCAUUCCAACUUUGCUACUGAUAACCUACUGUCAGUGCGGCCUGAGGAUCAAUUCGAUUUUGAUGGAGAAAUGGUUGAAAACUCAAUUUAUGAGACACAUCCAGCAGAACCUCGACCGACCCGCUCCUACAGAUUAAGACACCGGCCUGUUCCUGAGAUCCCAAGUGAAACUGCUAUGCCACCAAUGGAAAGGAGCGCACAAACAACCAGCCCUGAACACCUAACCGGCUCAGAGCGUCCCACCGGUGCAAACGGCAUACAGAAAGCUCCACUUCAAAGAACCUUGACGCCCAUCGUUCCCUACGGAGAAGUAUUCCUGUACAACAACCCUGGCUCAUCUCCGGAAAAAGGGGCCAAAGACGGGUUGCAGAAGGGGUUUAAGGCCAAGAUGAAACAGAAGAAAAAGAGAAAAAAGCAAAAGGAGAAAGGGAGUCCUCCAGCUCCAGCUGUCCAAGGCGACGAUGGAUAUUCGACAGUAAACCUGCAUGCAAGCACGCUACCUGGGGCCGGUCUGCACCCAGCUUUUGCCUUGAUCCCUGAAACUGCCCCAGUCAUUUCGGGGACUAAUGGUCCUGAAGAUGAGUCUUUAGUAAUGGUGGAAUGCGACCUCUACUCAGACUCUGUAAACUCUCGAGAGACUGAAAGCCCACAGCCUGAUAUCUCGCCGUACGCUUGCUUCUACGGAGCUCCCAAACAACAAGUGCUCAAAGUUGGCUGGCUGGACAAGCUGUCACCUCAAGGAAAUUGUGUUUUUCAAAGAAGAUGGGUGAGAUUUGAUGGCGAGAGUCUGGCCUACUACAACAAUGAAAAGGAGAUGUAUUCCAAGGGUCUUAUUCUGGUCAGCGCCAUCAGACAGAUUAAGGGACUGGGUGACAACAAGUUUGAGGUUGUCACGGGUCUUCGAACUUUCACAUUCCGGGCUGAAAAAGAAGGGGAGCGCCAGGAGUGGAUGGAAACUCUUCAGACGGCCACACGCCCCCCCGCCAGCGGCUCCCAGAAGCGCUCCGACAGCCUUCCCCACCUCUCCUCCACAAACAAGCGAGGAUUGCUGGAGCUCCGUGGUUACAAAGGCAGAGUGCUGGUGUCCCUGGCGGGGAGUAAAGUCAGGCUCUGCAAAACAGAACAGGACUUUCGAGCAGGGCUUGGUAUAUGUGAAGUAGAGCUUACCGCUGCUAACAUUAAAGAAGUAGACCGCCGAGGCUUUGAAGUCAACACGCCUUUCAAAAAUUUCUGCUUUGUGGCAGACUCAGAACGGGAGAAGCAGGAGUGGGUCGAGGCGAUCAAUGAAUCAAUUGCGGAGACGCUCUACGACUAUGAAGUGGCGGAGAAGAUCUGGUUCAACCAGGCCAACAGGAGUUGUGCAGACUGUGGUGCAUCCCAGCCGGAGUGGGCAUCAGUAAAUUUGGGUGUGGUCAUCUGCAAGAAGUGUGCAGGACAGCACCGCUCCCUUGGACCAAGUUUGUCAAAAGUACGGAGCUUGAAGCUGGACAGCAGCAUUUGGAGCAAUGAACUUGUAGAGCUCUUCCUGGAAGUGGGGAACAUGAAUGCUAACAGUUUCUGGGCUGCUAACCUAGUCCUAGAGGAGGAACUCCACAGUGGGGCCUCGGCCGAGCAGCGUGCCUCUUUUGUUCGGCGGAAGUACAGAGAGAGGAAGUACUGCAAGGUCCUUGAAGACUUUAAUGACCUUGAGGAGCUCAAUCAGGCGCUGUGUGCAGCUGUGGUUUCGUCUGACGUGCUGCAGACCAUGGAGUUGGUGUUCAGUGGUGCAGAUGUUAUGUGCGCCACCGGAGAUCCAAUCUACUCCACUCCUUAUCUCUUGGCUCAGCGUGCUGGACAGAAGGUUCAGAUGGAAUUCCUGCAUCAGAACAAACUAUCUGAUUUCCCAAGACUGGGUCAGUGGUCAGAGAAGUCUUCUUUCCCUGAUGUGUCCCUCUUCAUGGAUGGCUUUCUGUAUGUCUCCUCUGGCCCUUCUAAGACAAUGCCGGAUCGACGUGGACGAGACGAAAUGGCACGCCGCUGGUGUACAUUGGAGGGCGGCUUCCUGAGUUAUUAUGAGAAGGAGCGGAGCCCCUCUGCCAUCGGAAGAUUAGAUGUCACCGAAGUGGUCAGCUUGGCUGUCAGUAACUCAGAAACUAUGACUGGAGCGGG